AUGACAGCUAUUGGAAGAAUAUCAUCAGUCUUGGAACCAUUAACGAGGAAUUUGCAAAUGUGCAGUCAUCGUUUAACUAGUUCUGCACCUAAAAUUGCUUUACUGGGUGCUGCUGGUGGUAUUGGACAACCACUUGGAUUGCUGCUAAAAAUGAAUAAACAUGUAGCAAAAUUAGCACUGUACGAUAUCAAGGAUACGCCCGGUGUGGCCGCCGAUCUAUCACAUAUCGAUACUAGAGCUCACGUCACGGGACACACUAGUCCAAAUGAACUAGAUGAAGCUUUACAAGAUGCUGAUAUUGUAGUGAUACCUGCUGGUCUACCACGAAAACCAGGCAUGACUCGUGACGAUUUAUUUAACACCAAUGCUAGCAUUGUACGAGACUUAAGUGAAGCAGCCGCAAAAAAUUGUCCAAAAGCUUUCGUUGCAAUCAUUACAAAUCCUGUUAAUUCAACAGUUCCAAUAGCUUGUGAAAUUUUCAAAAAACAUGGCGUCUUUGAUCCGCGACGUAUAUUUGGUGUCACAACACUCGAUGUUGUGCGAUCAGCAGCAUUUGUUGCUGGAGCCAAAAACCUAGAUGCUGAGGAAACAGACAUACCCGUGAUUGGUGGCCAUUCUGGGAUUACCAUCAUUCCGCUUCUUUCGCAAGCGAAACCAUUCUGUAAGUUUUCGAAUGAUGAAGUGAAGAAACUGACAGAACGAAUCCAGAAUGCUGGAACGGAAGUUGUGAAAGCAAAGGCUGGAGCUGGUUCGGCUACGCUUUCAAUGGCUCUGGCAGCUUCAAAAUUUGUGGAAAGUUUACUGAGAGGUCUUAGAGGUGAAAAAUCCAUUCAGUGUGCAUAUGUUGCUUCGGAUGCCUGCAGUGGCGUGGACUAUUUUGCAACACCAUUGGAAUUUGGUAAAAACGGAGUUGAGAAAGUUCUUGGAAUGGGCAAGCUUAGUACAUACGAACAAAGCCUUGUUGCUGCUGCCGUUCCGGAAUUGAAGAAAAAUAUUUCCAAGGGUUUGAAAUUUGUCAGUGGCUAA